AUGGAGAUAAUUGGGACAUCAAGCGAGAAGAUGAAGACAGGCGAUCACGUUUCGAUUGAUAUUUACAAGUUAGGGAAGACUAUGAGAGAGGAGUUGGAGAUCUUGCAUCCCUUACUUGAUGACUGUUGCAUUUACAGGGUUCCUAAGCGGUUGCCAGUGUUCAAUGAAAAGGCCUACACACCACAAGUUGUCUCUAUCGUUACUGAGAUGGAAGAGACAAGGCUUCGUAAUUGUUAUGCGGAAGCAAUUGAACUCAGUAGUGAUGUUUUUGUGAAGAUGAUGCUGCUAGAUGCCGCCUUCAUCAUUAUGAUCAUGCUGAAAAACUAUUUUCUAGACUUCCAGAGCAGCAACGAUCGUAUUUUCAGCAGACCAUGGAUGAUUCAUGAUAUAAGGUUUAACAUGAUCUUGCUUGAAAAUCAGCUUCCAUUCUUUUUUCUUAAUGACUUGCUUAAGCUAUCCAACCCUUAUAAAGGAUAUUCCUUGAUUGCAUUUACCCACGGGUUCUUGAAAGGUGCAUUGGGUUCAUGGGUGACAGAUAACACAUUAAAUGGUAUCAAUUCCUCAGAAGUGCAACAUUUUGUAGACUUUCUAAGAAUUUGUCAGCAGCCAACAAAGCUUCCUCAGCCAAGGAAACUCAAAACUCUAAACAUGCCGAGUGCAGCAGAGCUCCGUCAAGCUGGAGUCAAGUUUAAGCUGGGGUCGAGCAAGAAUCUAUUUGACGUAAAAUUCAAUAAAAGUAGAGGGAGACUGGAAAUUCCGGACCUUUGA